CACAGCCAUACGCCUGCUGGCGGACAGAUUUCGUCAUGACGCAGGACUUCAUGCGUUGACGCGGCGUUACGUCCAACCAAUCAGCAGCAGUUUCCUAAGCCCAGGAAAGAAGCAGAUGAUAUGGCAGCUUUGUGAGCGGCCAGGUGGAACUCGCUUUUGUUUGAUCGGGCUGACAGCGGAUCAUGAGCACACUUUAACCCGCACACCACAGCGGGGAUCCCGGGACAAAAAUGAUAUACCUGAUAUUAAUUUCUGCCUUUUCCGGGGCAGUCGUGACGGUCCUUUUGCAGCUCUUACUGCUGUACCGGAGGAGCCCCGAGCCUAUCGCGAGGACAGUGCAAUAUGUCAAAGCGGUUCCUGAUCCAGCACUGAAGGAUUACUUUAGCAACCAACAAGCCGAACCAACGCAGCAACAACAAGACAUCGCAUCAUCUGCCUCCAAACAACCAGAGGCAGGGUCUCCAAAACAACAAGACGCCACUGUCUCCGGUAGCAGCCCCAAACAACAGCCGCCCUCGCCACCACCUUGUCAGAGCGACCCUCAGCAUACGUCCAAAGCGGAGACGUGCGACUUUCUCAACGCAAUAAUUCUGUUUUUGUUCCGCGAGCUGCGUGACACUCCGGUGGUCCGUCACUGGAUCACCAAAAAGAUCAAGGUGGAGUUUGAGGAGCUCCUCCAAACCAAGACAGCCGGCCGUUUGCUGGAGGGUCUUAGUCUGCGGGAUAUAUCCCUGGGCAACUCGGUGCCCGUCUUCAAAACUGCCAAACUCAUGAAGCCCGUGGCUGUCAAUGAAGACAACAUGCCAGAAGAGCUAAAUUUCGAGGUUGACUUAGAAUAUAACGGCGGAUUUCAUCUGGCCAUCGAUGUAGAUUUAGUGUUUGGCAAAUCUGCGUACCUGUUUGUCAAAAUGACCCGGGUGGCCGGCAGGUUGAAGCUGCAGUUCACCCGUAUGCCUUUCACGCACUGGUCCUUCUCCUUCCUGGAGGACCCGCUCAUAGACUUCGAGGUAAAGUCUCAGUUUGAGGGUCGCCCUCUGCCACAGCUUACCUCCAUCAUAGUGAACCAGCUCAAGAGAGUUAUCAAGAGGAAGCACACCUUACCAAAUUAUAAAAUAAGGUACAAACCCUUUUUUCCAUUCCAAGUGCAGCCACCUCUGGUGUCAUCAUGUGACCUGGACAUGUCCAUCCGAGACACCCUGUUGGUAGAGGGACGUCUGCGGGUCACACUUGUUGAAUGUAGCAGGUUAUUUAUCCUGGGGUCAUAUGAAAGAGAGACUUAUGUUCACUGCACCUUAGAGCUUAGUGACAGCGAAUGGAGAGAAAAAACCCGGAGCUCUAUUAAAGAGCAACAGACAGAGGAUGAAUGGAGUAUAGCUUCACAUUUUUUCUCACCAAAGUCGUUCCCUCCAUCGACCUGCACCGCGCAGCAGUCACACAUCUACCGAUGCCCAUUUCCAGCCCUCUUCAAUACUGAGGUUAUAAAAGGGCCGUCUGGUAGCGUGGGAAUGACGUUCAGACAUGUGCCGGCUACUGAUGGUGACACAGUGCAUGUGAGCAUAGAGACCGUCACCCCAAAUUCUCCAGCUGCCCUCGCCGACUUACAGAGAGGAGAUCGCCUCAUUGCUAUUGGAGGAGUCAAAGUGACGUCCUCUGUUCAAGUGCCGAAGCUGCUUAAACAAGCUGGAGAGAGAGUGCUAGUCUUAUAUGAGAGGCCGGUCCGGCACCAGGUGCCUAGUGUAAGUUUGGGGCAGAUUCAGGAACCCCUAGGGCCCAUGGAGGAAUCCAACUAUCUUCCUCAGGCUGGGGCCUGUGAGGAGGAUCCAGCCCCAAUAACCACCUUGGACAUUUCUGAUAACAGAGACAAUGACUCUGAAUUUGAGGAGCUGAUUGUGGAUUCCAAAGCAAGCGGUGCUUCAAUCAGUGUUGACACUAAGGAUGAUUUCCUGCUCUCUGUAAACCAAAGCCCUAAAAAGACUGUGGCCAACCUGGCCAAGCCCCUUGGUUCCAUCUCGCCAAUUCUCAACCGCAGACUGAACCUUCAGUCCCCACUCAAGCCCCAACCCAAAGAAUCACCAAAGCCGGCAACUCCCAAGACUGCUGAACCUUCUGAACAGCCACAGAGACCAACAGUGCCCCCUCCUCCACCACCUGCACGGCCUCCUGUCCCUCCCAGGCCCCAAAUAAAGGUCACAUCAGCCUCCUCAGAAACCCAAAACCUGGUGGAAGGCAGUGAGCCUGCAGUCGAGAAAAGUCCUGAGAAAACACUGCUCAGUGCUAGCAAUGGGGACAAACCAGCAGAGACAAAGUCUGUGAGUAAACAACCAGAUCCUGCUGAGGAGAUGCCAAGUUCUCCUGCCACUAACAAGCAAGAUUCAGCCAAAGACAAGAUAUCUGAGAGCUCCUUCAACACUAGGGACAGUCUAGAUGAACAGGGUCUCUGGGAAUCACCUGAGACCAUGUACCGCAACAGAUUUGCUCGUUGGAAUAAAGCAUCAAUGGUUUUCGAGGUGGAAAGCAACCACAAAUUCCUUAAUGUAGCACUUUGGUGCAAGGAUCCCUUCAAGCUCGGUAGUCUCUUGUGUUUGGGCCAUGUCAGCUUGCACUUGGAACACAUUGCACUGGAAUGCUUAUCUACAUCGUCUGCUGAAUAUCAAAGGACCUUCCGUAUAUGUGCCCCUGAACCAAGGGCCAGUGUCAGUCGUACGGCUUUGCGCAACUUGAGCACUCACAAAGGUUUUAAUGAGAAACUGUGCUACGGAGACGUCACGCUCAACUUCAUCUACCUAGGGGACGGGGAGUCGGACUCAGCCAGUGGACCGACAGAACGUGAACGAGAGGGAAGUCUUCAGGACGAGGAGUACAAGGACAGAGAAAGGGAACGGGAGCAGGUGCUCAUGGUAACCCGGGACGAUCACAGCUACAGCAGCAUGCAGUUUGGAGAGAUGCGGCACAAUUUUCAAGACACUCAGUUCCAGAAUCCCACUUGGUGUGAUUAUUGCAAAAAAAAGGUGUGGACCAAGGCUGCUUCACAGUGCAUAAUUUGUGCUUAUGUCUGUCAUAAGAAGUGUCAGGAGAAGUGCCUAACUGAGCACCCUCGCUGCCUAGCAACCUCAGACCGACGUGGAGCAGAUCCUGAGGCAAAAUCCACAAUCAACCGGGCUACCACAGGCCUCACGCGUCACAUUAUUAAUACUAGCUCCCGUCUCCUCAAUCUGAGGCAGGUGCCUAAAGCAAGGCUUGCGGAACAGGUUGCAGAUAUGGGACCACUGGUGGUAGAACCUUCUCCAAAGCAUACGCCUAACACGUCCGAUAAUGAGAGUAGCGACACUGAGACCUAUACUGGGGCGAGUCCUUCCAAACAACCACCUGGCAGCAGCGGCUCAAAACUGGCACGCAAGGAAGGUGGACUGGAUGACAGCGUGUUUAUCGCCGUCAAAGAGAUUGGUCGAGAUCUUUACCGCGGGCUUCCCACGGAUGAACGCUCACAGAAGCUGGAGCUUAUGUUGGACAAGUUGCAGCAGGAAAUUGACCAGGAGUUGGAGCAUAACAACUCUCUGAUAGGGGAAGAACGAGAGGCGGUCGAUGCCCGACGCAAGGCCCUUAUUUCUGCGGCUCUGACCAAGUCUGGUGAACGUCUCCAAGCUUUGACUCUGCUCAUGAUUCACUACCGUGCUGGCAUCGAAGAUCUAGAAUCUGUAGAAAGCACCUCACCGUCUGAGCAGCAUGGCUUUUCGAAGGCGAAAGCUGAAGGUCUGGAGGAUGCUCUGAUGGGCGCAGAAGUGUAUGACAGUGACAUUUGCAGUUCAGUUGAUGGUCAGGUGCUGGAUGAGAUUUCAGAGGAGCAGAUCUGUGUAGAGGCAUUACAGUAGAGAUGACAAAGGGUGCCAGGGGCUUGAGACUCAAAAACAAAGGAUUUUUCUCAUGUAUGACAUAGAUUAAGAAUGACAUGUGUACAUCACACAGGUGAAUGUAAAUGUGAGUUUUACAAAAGUAUUCUUGGAAAUUUACCAGAAUAUUAUUGAAAUAUAAUAUAAUUUGAGGAGUUUUGUCAGUGUGAGCAAUUUACCAAUUAUUUUUACUUUUUAAUUUUUUUUUAAUAAAUAUUGUUUUUCACAUUUUUGGUUCUUUAUUAACUGAUGUGGAGGACUAAACCAUGAAUUUGUAGACUUUCAGCAGUAUUACAAAAUCAGAGUUUUACCUGCCUUACCUAAAAGGUGCAAUUCAUUUUUUUUUAUCAUACAAAUGCUUCAAAAGACUGAUUUUGAAGUAAAAUAUUACUGAAUAAAUAACAAGUAUAAAUCUCUUUUCAUUCAACCCUUGUGCAUCACUACAGACUGAAUCUUAUAAAGAUUGGUAAUAUUCACAGUUGGAAAUACAUCCUUACCAGUUUAUUUUGUUUUGAGCAUCAAGCCCCUCUGCCUUCGACUGUCCAAUACAAAAAAAUGGGAUCAGGUCCUGAACAGCAGUCCAGAUAAUACGUCCAGAAAAAUGCCAUUUUAUUUCCUCAUUGUUCCAAUAUUGAUUCUUAGCCAUCAUGAUCUUCUAUUGUUAAGCACCUUUUAUCAUGUAAGUUUUUUUCGGAAGAGUCAGUUGUGUUAUUUCAUUCUGUUUUGUCAUUGUGUUUAAAAUGUUUAAAUAUUUAAUUGUGAGGGAAUCCUGAUAACCUUGGUGUUAUUAUAACAUACCUUUACUACUGGGGACCAUUCUUUAUGUAAUUAAUUUAAAUUUGUCACACUAAGCCAUUGUGACAUCACAAUUUACUUUCUCAAGGGGGGAAUAUUUAUAUUACAUACUGAUAAUAUCUGUUUCAUAAUAUAUUUUCGAUAAUUGUCUCCGUCUCUAUGUUGUGAUCUCACAAUUGCUUUGUUCUGAGCCUCUGUGAGUUAAAAAUGCAGCAGUUUUUCUCAAACCAAUUGCUUGAGAUAAAAUGUCUAUCCUUAUUAACUGGUGCAGUUCUUAUUUGGUUUAGCUGGUUAUAUUUUUAUGUGUCAGGAGGUUACGUUUGUUUGUGUAUUGUCAUGUUUAUUUGUGUUGGUAAUAUGUUCAUGGAUGCAAAGAAAUUUUCAGUGCACACAUUAUUUUUGGGCACAGUUUGGCCCCAAAUGAAUGUAUCUCACAAACGGUUCACUUUACUAUCAUUUUCCAUUCGCUCUCAAAACACAUCAGCUCUUACAGUGUAUAACAACAUUAAAGACUCUUGUCAAUGCAUACAGUAUUGCUAACGCAAAACCUCCCUAACCUUUGUAUGUUGUGGCGUCUGUAUGUAUGUAUAGCCAAGCCAGGCAGUUUCUUUUUUUUGCAUUUAUCAAACCACAGACAUAAAGAGGAUUGUUUUAAAAACAAUAAGCCUAAAGUGAUGUUAAUACGACCUUUUAAAUGAUCUUGCACCCUCGUUUGAUUGGUCCAAACAAGAGCAGUUUUUUGCUAUUAUUAUUCACAUGCUUACAUUGUAGGUACAAUAUGGCAAGGGAUUAUUGCAUUAUCAGAUCUGUCUUCAUGAAUUAAAGCUUGGUCUGGUCAAAACAGACGAUAAGGCCUUGGAUUGUGGGUGACAGAAGUCAGUACGUGCUCCUACAACGUUUAUUCAGCUGGUGUAGAAACAAACUCGCAUUCUUGCUUGUGCAAUAUUUACUAUAGGACAUUCGCUUAUGACUACAGCCAGAGGGAAGCAUUGUCUUUAUCCUGAUGUAUCACUUGAGAGAAUGACAUUGACAUUUAAAUGUUAAGCUCACCAAAUUACAGAGUUUGUUUGUUUGGGCUGUUUUAAUUCUAUUUGUCUGGUCGCUGCCGCUGUUAUUCUGUGCUUCUCAAAUUCGAUGCCAAUACAUGCUCUUAAAAUAUUUCUCCAAUUAUCUCACAGUGGAAAAACAAAAAAUAAUCGAUAUAAAACAUCUGCCUUGGUAACAUGUGGUAAGAUAUCGUUUUUUUUUUUUUUUGAGCUGUAUUAUGUUUUAAAGCGCUAUUGUAAAUAGCCUGGUAAUGUAGGUCAAUUUAAACCCUAUUCUUUCUCCCUAAACUCUUAUAGUGCUCAACAUGUGGGUUCAUCUUUUUGUUGUUGUUGUUGUUUUUGCUUCAUGUAAAUCUGAUUUUGUUCGUUUGUGGGUUUUAACUAUGGUUAAGGGCAUCUCCAGAAAAAGUGCACAGCUUUUAAACUUGCUGCAAGGUCUUUACGCACUGACAUAUCAUAUUUGCUUAUGCACUUGAGAUAAAUAAAUUAUUAGAAAUUUAAAA